UUGUUUCAGGCAACAACAAGAGGACUGCCUGAUGACCAUGAGGGUUCAGUGCGAGUUAUUGAAAUUCCAGGUCUGUUUCACAGUCCUAUAUCCACCUCACCCUCCCCCUCGUUUUUGCCUGUCGUUAAAUUAUCUGGGGGUGGGGGUGGGGGUGGGGUUGGGGAGAAAAAAGGAGAAGGUGUCGUCACAUCUGAGGAAUUUUAAUUCCGUCAUCGAAAAGGUCGAUGCAAAAUAAUGAUUGCCGAAGACGAAAUUUGGCAAUGACGUCAUUACUGUCCGAAACUGAGGAGUGACAGGCCAGAUACCUUUCUUCCCUUCCCUCAUAGCCCCCCAAAGAGAUUAAUAGUCCUUCCUCUUUCUCAAGAGUGGCUUAAGUCACAUUUGAAACUCGAGUGUAAUUAUUAAGAGUGAAGAAAAUUGUUGUGUUUUGUUCCUUUUUUAACAUGUCAGGGAUUGACAGGAAUAUGUGUUGUGGAACACACGUCAGUAAUCUCAGUCAAGUGCAGGUACACAAUGUUGAAAUACCAUACACAUCUACUUUUAAUGCCACUGUUAAAUGUGAUCCAAUUCGGAAGCACAUUCAGACACUUGGGAGCUUAAACAAAUACGACGGCGACGGCAACAAGAAUUGCAAAAACGCAAUAGGUUUAGAUCACGUGCUCAUGCCUUUUUGUACAUUUCUUCGCCGUCACUGCACCUACGACGUGAAACUUCCUGAUUUCACGUUUUAUGGAGGACGGGAACAUAUGACAACGAUUUUCUUUUUCUUUUUGUGAACUUAGAUUCAGUCCUUUAGAAUUCAACUCUUGAAAAAAAUCGCCAACAUUUGACAAAUUGAGAGUUGCAAUAAGAGCAAUGAAGUUUGAAACAGAAACAGUGCAAAUUCACCGUGCCGUUUUUGCGGCCGUUGCCGUCAUCGUUGUUUAAGCUUGCUAUUAACUAACGAACACAUCUCCAUGACGGUCAUGAAUCCCGUCAUACUCUAUUGUUACAGUAAAACCCGCAUAUAAGAACCGAAACGUUUAGACCCAAGUCAAAUUUAGAAGGAUUUGUAUUUAGUCAUCAGAGCAUAACUGGGCCAGUAUCACAGAGACAAUUUGCCCCACAAGGCUAGUUUUUGGAAAGUAGGCCUCUUGGAUGUUGUUCUUUCAGAAUAUCCUGACAAAUCCCAGAAUUGCACAGUACUCUAUACCAGUUGCUUCAAACAUUUGCUUAGACUUGCUACAAGUCGAUCUCUUGGCGAGCGGAGCGAGCCUUUUUGGCUGCGAAGCGGCCGACCGCGAGCGACGAAGUCGCGAGAGGUCGACUUGUCUCGCUUGAUGGGUUUCCAUUUGUAUUUCGCGCCAAAAAUGGGGAUUGGCGUGACUCGCAUUUGGGGUUUCAGGUUUCAUUUGCGAGUCCUUGACUUCAAUGGCGGAAUGUGCUGAUUCGACUCCGACUAAAUCUAUUGAACGUGUGUGUUUAUCUCCAUCAUCGAAGGAGCAAAUUUGUUUACUUUGUGCGAAAGUUGUCUCUAACAACGAUUUUAGGCGAAAGUUGAUGACCUCAGGGGGCCGGAAAAAAACAAAAACUUGUUUCAAUCUCGAGUCAAUACUGGGAAAGGAGAUUUCACAACCAAGGAAUCCUUGACAUCCGCACACAUUUUAAACCUACAGAUACUUUUCAAUACACGCAUUUCUCUUCCUGUAACCCUCACGGGGUCAGAACUAACUCCUCAGCUAAAUCGUUCUAUGAAAACAUCUACAACUUCAAAAAACGCCUUCACGCUAGAGGUUACCCCCACAACCUCAUAGGAAAAAUCACUUCUGAGGUUAAAUUUGCCGAACGGAAGUCAGGUUUACAAAAGAACAAUGAAGUGCGGAAGAAAAUUCUGCCUUUCGUUACCACGUACCACUCUUCUUUGCAGAACCCUAACAACAUUUUAAUGAGCAAAUGGCACUUAAUUCAAGAUCACCCACUACUAAGAGAAAUAUACAACAAGCCUCCCAUCAUUUCAUAUAAAAGAGCAAAAUCGCUGGGAGAUAUCCUCGUUAGAGCAAAACUAUAAGGUCACGUAUCACACUAUCACGAGCUUAUGAGUCAAACCGCAAGUCACGUUUCAGUGCGCUUAGUACAUGUGAGUGACAGCUUUAUCCCCAAGGGUCCUUGGGAGCUAUUCUGAUUGGUCCAAGCGCACCGACCCGUUUUUGGGUCGGUGAAAUUCGCGCCAAUCAAGUAUGAAAAGUCCUUCGUCCCGCGCCAUAUGAAAUCCGACGAAGGACUUUUUUGAAAGUCUAACAUUUGCUGUGUUACAGGUGUUUCAUCCCAAGAGGGGAGGGGGUAGGGUGUGGGUAUGCUUCCCCUACUGACAGUCAUAUAAUGGUCUCCCAGAGUAAACAUGUUUUUGAGGUACAUAUCAUUAAAGGACAAUAAUUACUGUUUGCAUUUAAGGUCAUCAAACUGUUUCCAGAAACAGAAUCAAUGCGAGGUGGUACAAGACUGUUUUUCCUUGCUGGAGACAGGGUUCUAAAGUACCUUGGUAAAGCUUUAGAUAAUGAGAGAGCAUUGACUAGGAUGUUAAGGUAAGAGCUUGUUCAUGUGAGCUUUUUUUCAAUGGUCAAACCUUGGCUUAGGAUUUCAUCUUCAGACUUAAGAGUUAGAACCACUUUGUAACGGUAAAACAAUCCCACUGAAAAGUAUCGCUCUGUAGCUUUCAUCUGAAUGGUCACACUUUAGGAUUCAUCCAGACUCAAAAGUUAGAACCACCUUGUACAGCAUAAUAAAACAGCACCACAGGAAAGUAUUGUUCAGUAGCUUUCAUUUGAAUGGUCACAUUUUAGGGUUUCAUCUACAGACUUAAAAGGUAGAACCACAGGAAAUUAAUCCUCACUAGCUUUCAUUUGAAUGGUCACACCUCAGGAUUCAUCCACAGACUCAAAAGGUAGAACCACCUUGUACAGCAUAAUACACAGUACCACUGGAAAGAAGUGGCAUAGUCGUUGCUUUAUUUAAACGUCUUCUUCCCCAAUAAUGAGCUUCUUUUUGUUGAAGAGGGUUCACGCCCGAGAAAAAUUCUGUUGAUAAAUGGCGCCGGCUAUUACACCAGUUUCAGUUUUCAAACACUUCGAACUAUUUGAACUUUCAAGAAUUUAGUGAAUUAACAGCGUGUUGGUAACGUAUUAAACUUUUAACCGUGUAGGUAACAACCUAAUCUUGGGAAUACUUUGCUUAACUUUGCCAAUUUCGGCUCGUUAGACCACACUUAAACUUAUCUAUCGCAUGUGCACUCACUGGUAUUAAUCUGUUAUCCUUUUCGUAGUGUUGGACCAGAUGAUCACCCAUCAGUAGUGGAUCGUAUUCAAAACUCACUCAAGUCUGUUAACAAGGUACUUUCGACUACCGUGUCGUACCAAAUUUUUGCGGUUUUUCCAGCGAUCAGCAAAAAUAAGUUCCCGCAAAUAAAAAUUACUGCAAACAUUUUUGCCGCAAAAAUUUACUCCGGAGUAAAUAUUCUCUAACUUAAAUUCGCUUAUGUGUAUUAUUGUAGUCGUGCAGUGAAGGCAGAGAAAUGUACAAAAGAGCGUGACGCACGUACAACAACAAAUUUUAUUGAAAAUUGGAAAAUAUCUAAUUACAUUACUUUCCCACCCGCUAAUAGCUUAUAAACUAAUCGAGGCGGGGGGAGCUGAAGACAUACUACAAAACAAGGUUUGUAUAUAGAUGGACUAAAUAACAGUGAAGACACUACUAUACAGUAAAUAGAAUUUAAACUAACAUAAAACAAGGCAAGUGCUGAAUAAAGGUGAUGUCACACGGGACGAUUCGCAACUGCGAUUUUUAGCGCAACACAGCGUAGCAAUGCUGCGUUCUUGUUGCCGUCGCCGUCGUCGUUGCUAAAGCUCCCUACCUGUUUCGUGUGGACCGAGGGCCGAUUCGUGCAAAAAGUUCCGCAUUUCCAAAACUACCCGGAUUCGUGUUGAUGACGUAGCCUUAAGCUUGACUGUCUUUUGUUCUGUUGAUUUUGUUCCACAGGUUACUAAGUCGCAGCUAAGAGAGCUUGCCCAGUUAGAAGCCUAUCAGCUUCAAUCCUUUAGCGAAACGAAAACAUACUUCUACAUACACAGGUAAUUGAAUAAGACGAGUUAAAGCAGUCGUUGGAGAUUGAGUUCAAGUUGGAGCAUCUAUAUUUGCGAUUAGAGUUCGAGUUCAAGUUCGUAUUCAAGAUCGAGUUUAAAUUCGAAAUCGAGGUAGGCUGAAUCUAACAUCAUUACCAAGAAUAUUGAUUCAAGACAUUUUACUGAGAACGCAAGACAUGGCCAAUCUUACCGAGCAUUGUGUAGAUAGUUCUGUGGUUAUCGCGUUCAGUGUGUUUCAGUUUACGUAAUAAGAGAGAUUUUGCCUAGUCCUUAGGCCUCAUUUUUCCGCGCGGCCAGUGCGUUUCGGGUCACGUGGUAUCGGAUAUGCCCCCGAAAUUCAGUGACCGAGAAUACCUGGAAAGACGCCGUACGAGGACUAACGGCAGGGCGCAAUUUUGAUAUUUUGUUGUGAUGAAUGUUUCGUACUUUUUGCUUUCAUUCUUCUUAGAGAGAAUGGAGAUAUGGAUUACAUGAAUGCACUGGUCAAUGAAUUGUCUAAACAAGUAAGUUCUCUUUGCCAACGUUUCUCGCAUUUCCUUGUUCUUUUGUUACUGUUUCAUUGUUGUUUCUGUCCCCCCUGUUCCCCUGUUCCACUUGCUCCCCCUGUUCCUCUGUUUCCUCUGUCCCCCCUCUUUAGUCUUUAGUCUUAAAGACUAAAGUCCUUUGUCCCUAGUCCUUUGUUUCCCUUGUUCACCCUAUUCCCCUUGUUCCCCCUUUUCCUCUUGAUCACCCUGUUCACCCUGUUCCCUCUGUUUCUCUUUUUCCUUCGUUCCCCCUUUCUCUGUUUCUCUUGUUCCCCUUGUUCCCCAUUUUCCCUCUUUUUCCCUAUUUAUUUGAGUGGAGUGCGUGUAAACUAGCUGGAUACGCUAAUUGCACUUUCCACUAUAAACAAGCCUUUAAACCUUUUUUUCCUGUUCCCCUUGUUUCCCUCGCUCCCCUGUUUCCCUUGUCCUCCUUGUUUGCCUUGCCCCCCCCCCCUUCUCCUGUUCCCUCUGUUCCUCUGUCGCCCUUGUUCUCCUUUUUCCCUGUUCCCCUUGUUUUCCCCGUUCUUCUUGUUUCCUCUCUCCCCCUUGUUUUCCCUGUUCCUCUUGUUCCCUCUUUCCCCCCUGUUCCCCCUGUUCCCCCUUUUUCCCUGUUCCCCUGUUCUCCUUGUUCCCCUGUUUUCUGUGUUACUUCUGUUCCUCUUGUUCCCCUUUCCCCUGUUCCCAUUUUUUCCUUUUCCUCCUAUUCCCCUUGUUCUCCCCGUUUCCCUUGUCCCCCCUGUUCCUCUCUUUUCCCCUGUUCCCCUUGUUCUUCUGUUCCCCCGGUUCCCCCGGUUCCCCACGAUCGCCUGGUCUUCCCCUUUUCCCUUUUUUCCUGCUCCCCUUCUUCCCCUUGUUUCCCUGUUCCCCUUGAUGCCAUGUUCCCUCAUUUCCUCUGUUGCCCUUGUUCCCCCUGAUCCCCUUGUUUCCCCUGUCCCUUUUCCCCUUCCUCCCCGUGUUGCCCUGUUCCCCUCGUUGCCUUGUUAUCUUAUUCCUGCUGUUUCCCUCGCUCCCCUGUUCCCAUUUUUCCCUAUUCUUCUUGUUCCCGCCGUUCCCCUUUUUGCCCUGUUCUCCUUGUUCCCUUUGUCCUCUCUGUUCCCCUUGUGCCUUGUUAUCUGUUUUUUUAUCUUACCACCGUAUCAGAAACUUGAAAAAUGAAGUUUGUGUCUUUUUAAACUUUUUUUCAGCCUCGGCUUGUUCUAGUAACAGUAGGACCCGACAAAGGACCCGGGCAGUUCCUUAUUUUUGGAGACGAGAAGCAAGUGUCACAGAUAGGCCCAAAGUAAGUACUGUGACAAAAUGUUCUAAGAAUUGUUGCUGGCUAUUUACAAGCGUGGCCGAGGAUUUCAACUCGGAGCUGCCAUGAACAAAUCCAGAUAGCGGUCAGAGCGGGACUUGAACUCGGAGCCUCCAAAUUGCAAGUCCAGCGCUCUAACCACUCGGCCACGCUGCCUGCCAACUGAUUCGUAAUCGAUAACGAUUAGUCUGAAGAAUUUGUAUCUUUAUUGCAGCUUAAUUGGUUAAAUGGGUUAACUUCGGAGAACAAUACAACCCAUACCCCUCUCCCCCUUCAUUCAAAGUUGUGUUUUUUACAGGUAGCUCGAACAGCGGCACCACAUUGCAUAGGGAGGGUGGGGGAGUGAUUGCUUUAUUUUCACCUUUUUUUGUCGAUGAAAUAGGAGAAAGGCCUUUGAGGCAAAGUGUCUCAACUAUUGUCACUGCAUACAGAAUAAGCGCAUCAUGGAUUGUGACUCUAAACCUUUAGAUUGCUCUGUGCUUUCAUGUCUCUUGGGCAGGGAUGAUGCUUUGCUGUCCAUAUGCUUAAAUUCCCGUGUUUUUCAUCUAUCGGUAUCAUUGGGCCUUUUGUCGCCCCACCCUCCUUCCCUCGUGCCGGUUGACGAGGCCACCUUUUCGCCCGCUGCUCACCUUGUUACCGCAGUUGUCACCGUCUCCUCCCAUAACUUAGUAAUGACUAAUUUAGUUGCCGAUUGAGUGUUCUCACAGGAAAAUCUGUUUUAUUAAUCAUGCUCUAGCUUAGCCAUAUUUAUUCACUGAUCUCUGUUACGUUGUACAGAAUUGCUGCUGUUUUUGAAGGCAAAGGCGGCGGGAAAAAGGGAAGAUACCAAGGCAAAGCAAACACAUUGAAGACAAGAAGUUCUGCUGAAGAUCUUCUAAAGGAAUUCACUUCGAUGUUAGUUAACGAGAGUUAA